AUGAAAGAUGUCACAUAUCGUGCUGAGGCCCGCCCCGAGGAUGGCUCAGUGAUGCCGCCGGCUCUCCCAGUUUCUUCGGAAAUGAGCAUGUUGGGGAAAGUAGUUGACACAUCGUCCGAUCAGCAACAGAAUAAUGACAUCAAAGAAACUCCUUUGUUACCGAAUGCACAAGAGCUCUUUGUUUCUUCCCCUGGCGACACAAGCGAUUUGCACCGCGAGGACAAAAGCCAUCUCCAAGACCAGCACUCCUUUCCGUCUGACACCCAGCUUCCAGCACAAGAUCAACCGGGGAUUUUAGGGCGAAAAGCGAGUCUGAAAGGUCAAUCAGCUGCACAGAAUCACUUUCGAAUGCCAAGUAUUCAUGAGCUGCGGAUCAACAAAGCCUUUGCGAAACCCAGGCCAACGAAAGGGCUGGACUUGCGCUCUUCGAGUGGUGCGUCUUUUGUCAUGUCUCCUGAUACAGCUGCUCAAUACUACACGAAAUCACCACCUCCGCCCCUGACAGGCGCUCGAAUUCCAUCGGCAAAAGGUCCUAUCGUAUACGAGACACAUGAAUGGACUAUUGCUGGGUUUGACCAACAACGUACUCCGAUUCCAAGUGACACUCAUUUAUCCCCUGAUUCCUGGGCCUCAGCCAAUAUGGAUAGCGCGGACCCUUCCAAGUUGCCUCACGCGGCGUCACUGUGGGCUCGUUUGCCUGAUAUGUGCACGUUCUCGCCUCCUCUUCAGCCCAUUCACAUUGUGCGUGGUUCGCCUCCCGCUUGGGCGAAUGUAUCGCCCCGCACGACGUCAUCUACCUCACAUACGCCGUUACUUGUCGAAAGGCAUGGUACUGAAACAAAGGUGGAUGCGUCGGAGAAGGACACAGCGCAGGACGCACCUCGCCAUACGAGUACAGAUACGAAGGAUGAGACUUUGGCCAAGUCACCUGCUGCCGUGCCUUUGGCAUCUAAUGAAUCGUUGCCAUUGGCACCUGUCGCUCGUGUGCCACCACGGUCGUCUCACCUCGAUGUGUCAGACUCGAAUUCCGCGGAGGGGCAAGAGGGUGCACAGACGGUGGCGCCUCGUGUGGCAAUCUCAAAGGGGCAUGUCCCAUACAGCAAUGAAGUACGUCUUUCUUAUCUGCCAGAGGCGCCUCCUUCAGUUUCCGAGGCGCCUCCGUCUGUGUCUGUGCCUUCGGCUAUGUCCGUGUCGACGCCUGCUAGUCAGUCUGUGAUUAUGUCCCCUACGUCAGUCCGUGAGAAUUCCGACUGGGAAAAUGAUACGACUCUUAUCGAUCUAUCUGACCAGCAGAAAGUUCACGAAGUCUCGAUGAAAUUCUGUUGA